AUGUCUAUAGAAGAUCUUGAAGGUGUUUUGCACAGGCAUUUGGGGCCUGAGCGCAGAAUCGUGUCCAACGAUAUUACCAAUUUGAUACCACCAGGAGAAAACUUUGGCGGGGAAGUUUUAAAAGUUGACAUAACAAUUGAAGAUAGAAAAACGAGAAGCCAUAAAGUCCUCCAUGUUGUCGCGAAGAGGAUCUCAGAAAGGGAAACUUCCCAAAGGUUUUUUAAUGUACAAAAAACAUUCAAAGGUGAAAUCGACUUUUACGAGAAAAUAAUGCCAACGUUACAAAAAUAUCAAAAAAGCUGUGGUUGCGAGGAGGUUAUUAACUGUUUUGCUGACAUUUAUGGAAGUUUUCAAAAUAUUGAUAGAUACCUUGGUUGUAAUAGAAAUGAAGCUGAAUUAAUCUUAAAAGACUUAGCAAUGCUGCAUGCAGUACCCAUAGCACUCAAGAUGAACAAUCCCGAACAGUUUCAAGCGGAAAUCAGACCGAAGUUAAAUAAUGCUUUCCCAGUCGAAAAGAUAAGAAAUCAUGCAUUCCUUAACGGCUGGUUCUUGGUGGAAGAAAUUUUGUACGAAUCUGAUAAAUGCGUACCUUUUAUACCUCAAGUUAAACUGCUUUGGGACAAAUUUAAGUGUCAGGAAGAAUACAAAUCCAGAGAACCUUUUUCAACUUUUUACCAUGGUGACCUUUGGAUCAACAAUAUCAUGCUAAAAUUCGAGAAUGAUCAAGCAAUAAAAUCCAAAUUUAUAGACUUCCAGCUGUAUGACUACAGAUCGCCAGUGUUGGAUUUGUUAUUCUUUUUGUUUACCAGCAUACAAACAAGUGUUUUAAAAAAUCAGUUCGAUCAUUUGCUCAUAGUUUAUUAUGAAAACUUAAUCAAAAAUUUACAACAACUAAAAUGUGAUGUUCAACCUUUCAGUUAUACAGAGUUUUUAAAAGAGUUUAAGCAUGAAGUCCAUACAACACUUGUUUGGUGUAUAUUUUUUGUUAUUGCUGUUGUGUAUGGACCAAAAGGUCAAAGAGUAGGCGAAGAAGAACGUUUUCAUAAAGUUGACUUAAGUAAACCAAGUAAUAAGGACUAUGUACGAAAACGUAUACAUCCCCAAGCCAAAGAAAGAAUACAAUAUUUAGUUCAAAUUUGUGCGAAAAAUAGCUGGUUAUAA